AUGGCUUCCUACGCCUCGACGAAGUUCGACUAUUACAAUGUCACGAAUCCAAGCCCAUACGUGGUGCAUGUGGAAAUCAAUCGACCAAAGAAAAUGAACGCAUUCACCGCACCCAUGUGGGCUGAACUGAAGGGGAUAUUCGAAAGAUUGUCGACUGACCCUGACGUUCGAUGCAUCCUACUUUCGGGAGCCGGCGACCGAGCAUUUACAACAGGUCUCGAUGUGGAAGCCGCAUCGUCAAAAGACACUACACCCAUCAUUUCCCGGGAGUUUGUCGACCCAUCUCGCCGGGCAACACAACUCCGCCGCUACAUUCUUGAGCUGCAAGAAGCCAUUUCGGUGGUGGCUCGCUGCGAGAAACCGGUCAUCGCGUUGCUACAUGGAUAUACCUUUGGGCUGGGCAUCGACCUAUCAUCGGCGUGCGACAUGCGAUUCUGCCUGGCAGACACCAAGUUCAGUGUGAAGGAAGUCGACAUUGGACUGGCGGCGGAUGUCGGAACGUUGAGCAGAUUGCCCAAAGUGGUGGGCGGCGUAUCGAGCUGGGUGAAGGAAGUGUGCAUGAGUGCACGGGUGUUUGGUGCAGACGAGGCCAAAGCCAACAACUUCGUCAGCAGGGUUGUCAGUGGCGGCAAAGACGAGCUCAUCAAAGAAGGCAUGCAGUUCGCCCAGUAUCUAGCGACCAAGAGUCCUGUGGGCGUGCAGGGCACGAAGAACAUCCUCGACGCUGCAUGGGGAAGAACGGUGGAAGAUAACCUCAACUACACGGCUGUUUGGAAUGCAGCCAUGGUGCAGAGCACCGACGUCGAAAGAGCCAUCAUGAGUGGACUGCGAAAGAAGACGCCGACGUUUGAGAAGCUGUGA